AUGUCGGGAAGGGGAAAAGGCGGCAAGGGACUGGGAAAGGGUGGAGCCAAGCGGCACAGGAAGGUUCUGAGGGACAACAUCCAAGGCAUCACCAAGCCUGCUAUCCGCCGCCUGGCCCGUCGCGGUGGAGUGAAGCGUAUCAGCGGUCUCAUCUAUGAGGAGACCCGCGGCGUCCUCAAGAUCUUCCUGGAGAACGUUAUCCGUGACGCCGUCACCUACACCGAGCACGCCCGCCGGAAGACGGUGACGGCGAUGGACGUGGUGUACGCUCUCAAGAGGCAGGGCCGCACGCUGUACGGCUUCGGAGGUUAG